UAUCAAUUCUAUAGAUUCUGAUAGUCCUUGCUUAACUUCCACAAAUUUACAUACUAGGGUAUUACAUGGUCGGGAGGCACAUCAGUUAUAAAACAUUACAUUACUCGUUAACCUUGUAGCUGGUGUAACACCAACAAAAACAUGCAAUUUUUACCUUAUUUGCGAUUCAAAUUUGAUUCAAUUUUAGGGCAAUAUGGAAAGCACAUAUUAUUAGGUAGUUAGGUAAUUACAUAUGUAUUACCUAAUAAUAGAGUUCAAACUCAAACCACGUCAUUCACUAUGAAUUUUACAGGACACAAAGUUGUGCGAGUUAGUGGUUAAACGAUUUAGAUAAUUUGGUAUUACAAAAGAACCGACGUUUCCUAAUACUUAAAUUGGAUUAACUAGGAACUCAUAGACAUCUGUGGAAAAGCUGGAUAAAUAUACAUAUAGAUAUUUCACGUAGAGUCGCUUCAGUCACAUAUAAGAGUACUCUUGUAACUGUUAGAAUAUACGAAAUACUUCCAAAGUAUUUUAUGGUAAUUUGUUUUUAACUUCACCCCUAACUCCGGAAAUGUUUUCAUCCUUACUUUAUAACUUGCUUGAACUAAUGGCGAAAGCUACCAGCUCUGUGGGUGCUUUCAGUGCCCAUUUCAACCGGAAGGGUAGGUUUGUGUAUUCCACUGAAAAAUCAAGGGAAAAAUUCUACACGACAAUUUACGUCAUGUCCGGAUACGUGGCGUUCCUUUGGAUUCAAACGUUCAGACUGUGGAUGUACCAAGGAGGGGAAAGAAAUGUUCAUUUCCACGCAGCCUAUGGGUUCAGUUGUGCCUUAUUCUUAAUUCUGGGAUUGUUGUUUACUCUGUUGGUCAAUCACGAUAAUGCUAUCGGUGUAUCGAACCACAUUUUGCAAUAUUUCCCAUAUUUUCAAAGUAAGUCUUAAACACUAAACUGAUUAGCAUAUUUUAUAGCAAUGAUAUUUUUUUGUAAAAAUUAUAAUGAAACGUACAUAUAAUUAUUUAUCUGUAAUUUGAAUAGGGUCAUGGAUCCCAUAUUCUAAGGCACUGAGGAAGUACACGGUCAUUAUGGACGUAAUGGUUGUCCUGGAAGUCAGCGCAAUUUUAAUUCUGCCCUUAUCAUCUACAAUCUUCUAUAUCAACUCCCCCGAUAACCCGACACAUCCACGACACAUCAUUCCAAAUAUUGUUGGAUUACGGGAUAACGUUUUGAUGAUAUCAGUCUCCCUGAUUUUUCUUACAUGGACGGCUUGUGUAGCGUGGUACGCGGUCAUGUUAUUCAUUGUGGUUGGAACGGUAUACUUGGUGCCAGUCAUGAUUGUGAUGCGGGAAUUAAACAUGAAUGCGGCGACCCAAUUGGCAAUCCCAGCCCUACGUAGGCCUAACCAGCUGGCCAGGGAGUUCACCGCGGUACGUCUACUCCACAAGGAAGUGAUGCAGACGGCCGGCUUAGUGGUGGGAUUUAUUCAUGGGACUGUUUCACAUCUUUGCUUAUUUUGCAAUUUUGCAUUACUAAAAAAUUGGAAUACAAUGGACUCAAAUACAACGAUCCUGCUGACGGUUUGGUCUGCCUUGAUGCAAGUAGUUUGGACGAUUUUGCUCGAAGUGGCCGGUAGAUUUCAUAAGUAUUCGAUCAAGACGAUCAAAUCUUGGAAGCUGUUACCUUUCAGGGAUAAGAGGGAGGCGAAAACCUUUGGAAAAUGGAAGAAGGCGCAGAAACCAUUAAUCAUCGGGAAAGAAGGGUUCAUCACGUUGAGGAGGAUAAGCGUUGUCAAGUUCUUAAUGUCAAUCAUUAAAGGGACUUUUCGUGCACUUUUGACGCUGGGAAGAAGGAAAGAAUAAAUUUCUAUAUUUCUUCCUUCACGCAUUUUUGCAAUAUCAUAUAUGCACUCUAAGCAAAGUGGUAAUGAAUUUAGUGAAAUUCAUUACAGGUCGGAAUGUAUAUCUGUAUAUGACUCUACCGGGCUUGAUAAUGAAAUCAACAUAACUCGGUGUAUUUCUGGUAGAGAAGUUUAUACCGCGCAAUAUUCAUUUUCUUCCAAUUGGAAUAAAAUCAUUACCAGACUGCUAAGAGUCUGUGGUACAUAUGCACUGCAAAAAAUUUGGUGUAAAUUUUAACACCAACGGUGUAGAUUGCGGCUACACCGGGCAUGGUGUAAAUGGUUGUCGCCGGGUGGUAUAAGAUGUUGUAACCAACCGGUGACAAUAACUUACCAAACGGUGAAAACUUAUCACCGCAUGGUGUAAACUUUCUACCAGCCAGUGACAAUUUGUCACCUGAAGGUGUAGCCGCAUAUUUACACCGCACUUUGUUAGUAUUUUUUGCAGUGUGUGAUUUUGGUAGCUCAGUCAUCUAUCCCAGUUUCCAAGUUUUAUGAAUGCUUGGUCCAUCUUCCUCUAUUUAUUUGUAUCAAACUAGAAAUAUUUUUGUUGUUAGAUUAUAAAAAACAGUUUAACAUACUUUUAUUAACAAGUAUUCAAGACAAAAAAAUUUCCACAUCUGAUUCAUAAAUUCAUCCAUUUUCAUACAGUGCAUAGACAUGUAUCUGAUGCCACACCAAAUUUUAUUUUUUCGAAAUUAUAAAACGUAUGUUUGUUUAUUAAGAUAAGAAUUCUAUAAAAUGUGCAAAACUUAUAAUAAAUUUGUUCAAUUUUCCUCAUCUAGUCGUUAUCGGUUGGCGUUUUUCAAUAUUUUAGUUUCCAUUUGAAAAUCCCCUACUUAAUAUUAGUUAGUAAUCAAAUAUAAUUGCAUUUAAAAGUUGUACAGAAAAUAUUUCUACCCUAAGCAUAAUGAUUCUGUAUCCCAUACCAUACCUGAGUGCAUUUACAUACAUAUUUGGAAAAUAAAUUCAUGCCUUUUAACCAAGUCGACACUCCUGUGCAGGAAAUAACUCUUAUGUAUUUGUCACCACCAAUCUGUAUUUCAACACAAAGAUUGUAUCGUGUUGGAAUGGAUGGGAUUGUGAGUGGCAUUUUACAUGUACAUAUAAAUAUGUGGGUAUAUACAUACCACAGAAUUAUAUAUAUAUACUAUAUAUUAUACUAGAAUGUGGAGUACAGAGUGGAUAUAAGUGCAUAGGAUGGACGCCACUCUAGCAAGGUUUGUGAACUAACGUGACGGGCAUCCAUUUUACGUCCAAAAAAAAACAUUUGACAAAAAUCCCCACAUUACCGUAAAAUACAAGUACGCACAAUUUAAAGCCGACUGACUGUUAUGACCUUCCCUAUGAUGACCCCCCUGGGUCAAAUCGAGGUCAA